AACUGAUCACCUAACUAGCUAACUAACUGCCGAACUAACUAAUCAACUUAUCCAACAAACUACCGAACUAACGAAUCAACUAACCAACCAACCAACUAGCUAACCAGCUACCGAACUAACUAAUACGCUAUAGCCACUACCUAAAAUAGAUAACCAAGUAUCUUUCUUCGUUCUUUUUUCUAAUGUGUUUAUUCCUCUACCCUUCGGUGUCAUCGUAACUCUCUUUUCUCAUCAGUUUUCACUUUCAGGUUCGGGAGUAGAGCAGCGCUGUUUAAAGGCAGCCCCCCGCAAGUUUAUUUAUUUUCUCUAUCUUUCCUUUAAAUGUGUCUGCAACACGGUUUUGUUUCUCCCGCGGAACCAUAGAUUGAUCGGUAAUUUUAAACCAAAUGAAGGACGAAAGAGUCAAGCGUCCAUGACGGUCAGAAAUACGCUGUAUUUCACGCUGCGUUUACUCUAAAAACAAGCAAAACUCAACGAAAAAAGAAAAACAGUCCGGCGGCCAAUGUACCGCGGAGAGGGUUAUUCCGGCAGUAAACAGGGUGCGACACCGAUAGUAUUCUUUCCAAGCUUUCUCCCGCCUCCCUCUUUCCGAACCGCCCGCCACGUGAGGAGCAAUUUUGGCCGGGGUUCGCCAAACUGCCCGGGCCCGGUGUCGGCGCGCUUUCCCGGAAAGGAGCUCGGGCCGGAGCUUCCCCGGCGCUGUCGUCACACCCCGCAAAUAGCGGCCGUGUAGCCCGGGCUCAACGGGCAGCAGUGGCGGGUUUUCCCCCGGCGGCAGCGGACAGACAGCGCGAUGGCCUUCUCGUCGCGGAGCCUCGUGCCUUCGACGCCCUGGCUGCCCCACGGCGACUGGUGGGACUCGUGGGAGGUGCCCAGCAGCCGCCUCCUGGACCAACACUUCGGUUCGCCGCUUCUCGACGACGAGCUGCGGCUGGUGCGGCCGAGGCUGGCCAGGCCUUUCCGCCGCCAGCUGUCCAAGGGAGGCGUGUCCGAGCUCCGCAAUGAAUCCGACGCCUUCCAGGUGAUGCUGGACGUGAGUCAUUUCAGCCCCGAGGAGAUCACGGUAAAGACGGUGGACCGGUCCAUCUGCGUGAUGGCCAAGCACGAGGAGCGCAUGGACGAACACGGCUACGUGUCCAGGGAGUUCUCGCGCCGCUACCUGCUGCCGGCCGACGUGGAUCCGCAGAACGUCACGUCCACGCUGACUGCCGACGGUGUGCUCACCGUCACGGCGCCCAAGAAGCCCGCCCUGUCGGCAAAUGAGCGCUUAGUGCCCAUCACCGUCCAGGGCGGACCCGCUGUGCUGCCCGUGCAGCACGAGCCUUGACCGCGACGGGACGAGGCCCUCCGCCAACAUCCAAUACACUCGGUUGCAGGUUAAAAAAAGCGGGACAAGCUUCUCCCAAAAAGUCUUCCACUUUUUCCACUUCAGCGAAGCCAAGGCUGGAGGAAGCGAGUGGUGAGGGGGGAACUACCAAUCAUGACGAGCAGAGAGCUUUGUGGGAGGGGCUCGCCCUGCUCUUCUUAACCUGCAACAGACUACUCGCAGCUCCGCCCUACAGAUGGCGGGGAAUCGAAAGAUGGCGGAAGAGACGGGGGUAUAGAUUCUCCAGGAUUUCCCGUGCGCCUGCUCUUUGACGCUGGUCAGUGCGUUAAAAAUUAAUUUCCUUGGCUACAAAUAUGAAGCGGUCAGGGCAGGAACAUUACACAGGAGACGGAGAUGUUGACGGACGUUAAGAAAAUCUAAAGGUUGAUUUUUAAAUGUCGCGGAGUUGAACUAGUCAAUUCCUAUUAACGCACUCGCCUCUUUCGUUAAAACUGCAUUAGGUACGAACACGCCGACGAGAACCAUGCGGUAACAGCAACACCAAGGCUGACAAUCCUUGCUACCGUCUUCGCCAUCGUACCCGCUCCUCUGGUUCUUCGUUCGUCCGUGAGAGGGCGAGCGACGGGAUGGAGUUGCGAAUAGAUAACAAGGUAAACACCACCUAGAAUAAUCGAGGCCUACGAAUAGCCUCCUCUUCGUCUAUGGAAGCCGUCAUCACAGUUUCAGCUUAACUCCAGAUGCAACAGACGCCACGAGCCAAUGGAGCCAAUCAAAUAGCUUCAGAAGUGUAAGUCACUAGGCCUUCCUUGUAAAUGAUUGGUCCAGCGAUGAUAGAGAACGUGCAUAACCAAGGCGAAAACCACGAUGGUGCGCUUUUGAAGCUGUUUGAUUGGUCCCAUCAGCUUGUGGCAACUUGAGCUUAAGUCCAACGCCGAACGUUCUUCGAUGCAUUGAUUGAACACGAGGCUCAGUGGAACGCUGGUGCAGCAGUGUCUAAUCUGUGCGUGCGCUCGAUCUCACUUUGAUGAGGUUGAAAUUCUAAUGCGCAGAUUUUGAUUGUAAUAGGUGGUAUUCACAGGGCCUGCAUUUCCUGCGUAAACCAGCGGAGGCCAGCGCGGGGCUCAAAUUGAAUACCUGUGAUCAUUCGGCCGUGUUGGCCCAGUGUGUUCGACGGAUGAAGGCGCGAGUCCCACCCGAAAGCUGACGCUGCACUCUUGUCCAAUCUCUGCCCUCGCUGGCCUCAAUUAGGUGACGUAGAAAAUUGAUCUCUACGGCCUUGCCAUAAAUAGGUGCCCUGAGGAGGUUUCUGAGAUCGCCUAAAUGUGUCGCAAUAACUCACUUUGCGAGCUCUAAGGAUCCAAAUCAUAACAAUGUACGGCCGAUUUCUCUUAAAAAAAAGCAAUCAAAUAUCGAACACACCUCAUCUCCGGCAAUGGGAGAUAACCUCGGUUGUUCGAGGGUUCCGGCAGCCAGAGCGACUGUGACCAAUGAAAACGGGACAUCACGAAAUGUGUAUGCUUCUGUAGAUAAUAAAUGUAAAAAAGAAUGGUCGAAAAAUGGUAAUUUUUUUGCGGACAGGGAACAUAAUAUUGCAAUAAUCGUUUCAAAAACAGCGCGCACUGUUUAUGUUUUUAUUUAUUUAUUUAUUUUCUGCGGGAGUAAUGUACCCGGUCGUCAGCUAACGAGCGCGCGCUCGCUUGGUUCAAUCCGGUUCAAUCGUAGUCCGGACUGUGUAUGGGCAACGAGCCGCGCGGACUCGAGAUAUCACUUCGCGGUUCCACCGGUUAGAGGCGCGAGGAACCCUGACUCGCUAUUGGCUGACCGUGGUUCUGGUUUCUGAACAUGCUCCUUCCAUAGCCGGGGAUGACUUCGGUGUGUUGCGAUCUUUGAUUGCUUUUUUUUAAUAGGGUAAUCGGCCGCGUAUCGUCAUGAUUUGGGCAUUUCUUGGAUGCAGAGUGAGUUAUGGUCAUAUUCAGGCGAUAUCAGAAACCUCCCGAGGGCACCUUUAAGAGGUAUUUACUAUACCAGCACAACCUACAAUAACCGAAGCCCGGGAGCAGCCUUUUCUACCUCUAUGUAUAACGUCGUCGUACUCAGAUGGUGCCAAAUCAGCAAUAUACUUUUUUUUUUUAAAUAUUGCGCGCUAUCUAGGCGGUGCUCAGCAAAUAAUCCGAGUCCGCCAUUGUUUGGGCACGUGCACCAAUCACGUAUUGAACACAAUGGCUGCGUGAUAGUACGGUGUGAUCUCGGAUUCAAUCGCAGGCUCCGUGCACAAGAAAUGGCGACCGCCAGUGUUGCUUGAUGGGGCUUGGGAAAGGGUCUAUUGGGCCCGAGCCGACGUCGAGCGUUCUUCGAUACAUUGACCGGACACAGGGUGUUUGGUUUGUGUCUGUGCUCAAUUUCACCGCGAUGACGCCGAAAUGGUGGUGCAGGGGCCUCGAUGAUUCUAGGUGACGUUGACUCCAGCCGCCCCAAGGUCGUCAGCGAAGUGGAAGGUAUACGCACGCUGUUCAGCUAGCGACGCGCUCGAACGGCCAGUAUACACGUUUGAGGAGAGCCGGUGUAUAGUGCGAGGCCCUCCACCGAAGCCACGAGCCGCAGCUUCUACUCCACUGCCAGCUUAGGAGUGGUAAUGGACCAUUCGAUACGGGACGCGAGAUUUUACAACGUCCACUUACUGGCACUCUCUUUUGUACCGGCGGUGCUGGAACUUCCUGUUGGCGGCAAGCUACAGUGCCACCGCAUGUUGGUCUACACGCCAAUCCAAUGAAUUUACUACGUGGAAAGUAAUAAAACGAGUAAACUUCAAA